UUUUUAAAAGUUGAACGAGAUUCUCUGUCUCUCUGUGUCUGUCUGAACCGUGAUUCAAUCUCAGAUCUCAGAUUUUUUAGGUCUAGAAGCUCUCCAUUCACCGAAGUGACUUCGCUUGAGAAGAUGGCGGCUAUAGCUCGUCUUCACUUAUCGACGAAACCAAACCAGAGCAACCUGCCACCAUCACUACCUAGAGCGAUCAACCUCACGCGUGAUCCAAGGCUCGUGGUCACGUUUCCACGUAAUGCAUCGGUUAGUUCCCUCCGCACAUCUCCAAAUCUCGUUGCUUCAUCCGCCGGAGGAGGAGGAGGCAGCGGUGGAAACUACGGUGGUGGUGAUAACGGAGAUUCAAGCGGUGAAGGAGGGAAACAAGAACCGUCACCAUGGGGACCAAUAGGGAUGUUCAUCCAAGGAUGGAGAUCGCGAGUCGCAGCUGAUCCGCAGUUCCCUUUCAAGGUCCUCAUGGAAGAGCUCGUCGGAGUAACCGCCAACGUACUCGGCGACAUGGCGUCGCGUCCCAACUUCGGACUAAACGAGCUAGACUUCGUCUUCUCGACUCUCGUCGUUGGCUCCAUCCUCAACUUCACCCUCAUGUACCUCUUGGCUCCCUCCGCAGCAUCAGCCACCUCGUCAAACCUCUUGCCUGGGAUCUUCAGAGCCUGUCCGGCGAGCCACAUGUUCGAGCAGGGAAGCUUCACGCUCGCGAACCGGUUCGGGACUCUCGUCUACAAAGGGAUGGUGUUCGCCGCGGUGGGGUUGGCUGCUGGUCUCGUGGGGACGGCUAUCUCCAACGGUUUGAUCGUGUUGAGGAAGAAGAUGGAUCCGGGGUUCGAGCCGCCGAACAAGGCGCCGCCGACGGUGCUGAACUCGUUGACUUGGGCGGCUCAUAUGGGAGUGAGCGCGAACGUGAGGUACCAGACGUUGAACGGUGCAGAGUUUUUGAUGGAGAAGGGUUUGCCACCGCUGGUGUUUAAGACGGGUGUGGUGGCUUUGAGGGUUGUGAACAAUCUCUUGGGAGGGAUGUCGUUUGUUGUGUUGGCGAGGAUGACUGGUUCGCAGUCUGUGGGGGAGGAGAAGACGGAAGUUUCAGCUGAGGAGAAAGAUGUUUGAAUUUUUUUUUUUGGUUUCUUGAUUGUUUCUGUCUGUUGUCCGUUAGGUACAAAGUACAAGAGGCAUCUUCUUGAUUUGGAAUGGUUUUCCACGUUCUUAAUUACAAAAGCAGAAGACAUAUUGUUCUUGUUUGUGUUUGGACUAAAAUAAAGACAAAAUCUUUCUUA